GUGAUGAUUUGAUUACGGGAAAAGAUUCUGGUCCUUUUUUCGUGGAUGAAAAAUGUGAUACAAUGUCUUAUAAAGAAACAAUAGUUGACAAUAAACGCCUGUGUCGAAUUUGUGGCCAGUUGAAAUCAGAUUUGACAUCUCUAUAUGGACCCUCUGCUGUUGAGAUGGGACUUCUUAGGAAAAUAGAAGACUGUUUAAGAAUUAAGAUUGAAAGCACUAGUUGUUUGCCAACCGAGAUUUGUAGAGGGUGCAUCUCAAAUCUUGAUACAUGCGACCAAUUCGUAACUCUGGCAAGGAAUGCUAAUAUAAGACUUCAUGAGAUGUAUGAAGACCAAAUGGAAACAAAUGAAACAACGAUGAUUUGCCGGUAUUGUGAUAAGAAGUUCAGAAGUCCAAAGUUGUUGAAUUUGCAUUGUUCUACGCAUGCUACAGCUUCAGUGUUUCAAUGCGAAAUUUGUGGUAACCAGUUCAAAAACGCUGAAGGCCUCAUUUGUCAUAAACGGACUCACCGUGCCUUGUCCCACAAAAAGAAGCAUGUUUGCUCAACUUGUGAUAAAACCUUCCGAUCAAGGUCCGAUCUGUUGGAGCAUACCAACAGUCAUCUGGGUUUGAAGCCCUACUCGUGUCGUAGUUGUGGCAAAGUGUUCCAUAGUGGCGCUUUGCUGCGUCAGCACUCUCUCGUACACCGAAGCGCCGGCUCUCUGUCCAAAAACCGGUGCUUCAAGUGCGACAAAUGGUUUGCGCGCCACGCUGACCUGCGCACGCACAUGCGUCGACACGAGGUGGGGCGCACCUUCAAGUGUGGCGUCUGUCAACUCAGUCUGCCUUCCAUUGGAGCUCUUCUCUCCCACCGAAAACAACACCAGACGUCUUCAAAAACCGCUGAUUCAGAAUCAAAACAGUUGCCGGCUGCUGUCAGUAAAAAUCUGUUGCAAUGCAAAGACUGCGACAAACAGUUUUCGGGUCGUUCCGGCCUGGCCUAUCACCGAAAGACAACCCAUGAGACAGACAAGCCGUACCUCUGCCACAUCUGCGACAAGGCUCUCUCCUCCGAGGCACUCAAGCGCCAACACCAACAAACUCACUCUCAAAAUGAACAAUAUCCGUAAGUUAGUUCAAAUAUA